AACUACACACAUUAUUGUAUAAUCGAUUGUCUAUUACACAUGCCUAAAUUGUGUAAGACCGCUUCGUAGACGCAGGUAAUGGCUUUGCUACCGUACGUUUAAUCAAACCAAAUCUCUGUGAAGUGCGGCAACAUCGCCGCUUUUCGAACUGGCCGGAUGACGUGGGAUGCCAAACGCCGGUAAUUUUAUAAACAAUCUCAAAUGCACGUGCAGGUGAGCGAAAUUGUCCCGUUUGAAACGUGCGUACCGCAAAGUACCGUUAGGAAUUGGUUAAGCGGGUAAUUAAUUACACCACCAGUGACUUUCCUUUUCAAUGUCAGCCAGUCUUUCUCGACUUGUCCGUGUGAGCGCACCCUGUCUUGGUCCCGGGAAAAAUCGAUAUCUUCACAAAAUUCGCACCCAAGUCCCGUUAUCUACGACGCGCCGUCACUGCAGUCCCCCACCUGUUAAAGAGUCAUUUCUAUUCCGCCUGCGCCCGUGCAUUGUGUCAGUAGGGUACCGGAGCGUUUGUAGUGUCGCGAGUCGUACCGUAAGUUCGAAACGGUAUUUUUGCGUUGGAUCGUCUGAAAUUGAGCGCAACAAGAUGCCCGAAGCCCCCCGACCAUUCCAGCGGCUGCCCCGGACCGUCAAGCCCCUGCAUUACAACCUCAGCUUGGUGCCGGACUUUGACACCUUCACGUUCAAGGGUGAGGAGUCAGUGAGGAUUGAGGUAAAUGAAGCGACGGAUAAAAUCGUCCUCAAUGCGGUGGAUUUGAGCUUGGUGAUGGCCCAAGUCAGCGGCGAGAAUAUCGCUCCCCAGAACUCCCGUAACAUAGAAAUGUCCGAGGCCGACAGAACGGCUACCUUGAAGUUUGACUCCCCAAUAGCCAAAGGCACCCACACUCUGGACAUUGUCUUUAACGGCCAAAUUACCGAUGAAAUGACCGGUCUCUAUCGCAGCAAGUAUGUGAACGAAAAGGGGCAGGAUGCAUACGCUUUUGUUACCCAAUUUGAAGCCACUGAUGCCCGAAAAUGUUUUCCCUGCUGGGACGAGCCGGCCUUAAAGGCCACGUUCGAUAUCAGUCUAGUGGUGCCGAAAGACCGAGUCGCCCUGUCCAACAUGCCCAUUAAAAGCGAAGAACCCAAAGGGCAGUUGGUUAAGUACACGUUUGAAACCACCCCUAUCAUGUCUACGUACUUGGUGGCUGUGGUGAUUGGUGAAUACGACUAUGUAGAGGAUCGUUCGAGCGAUGGGGUGCUGGUGCGAGUCUACACGCCCAAAGGGAAGAAAGAGCAAGGACUUUUCGCACUCGAAGUGGCCACCAAAGUGUUGCCUUACUACAAGGAAUACUUCAACAUUGCUUACCCGUUGCCGAAAAUCGACCUCAUUGCCAUUGCAGACUUUGGGGCGGGAGCGAUGGAGAACUGGGGCCUGGUGACUUACCGUGAAACUACCUUGUUGGUGGACCCUCAGAAUACCUCAGCAGCCAGCAAACAGAACAUCGCGCUGGUUGUAGGCCAUGAACUGGCCCAUCAAUGGUUUGGGAACCUAGUGACGAUGGAAUGGUGGACGCAUUUGUGGUUGAAUGAAGGAUACGCCACUUUUGUGGAGUUUUUAUGUGUAAACUAUAUUUUCCCUGAGUACGACAUUUGGACGCAAUUCGUCAACGAUUCGUACAUUAGAGCGCUGGAACUGGACAGUUUGAACAACUCACAUCCCAUCGAAGUGCCUGUGGAAAAUCCGGCCGAAAUUGACGAAAUUUUCGACGAAAUCAGCUACAACAAGGGCGCCAGCAUUAUCCGGAUGCUCCACCACUAUAUCGGGGAAGAAGAUUUUAGAAAGGGCAUGAACGCGUACUUGACUAAGCACCAGUACAAAAACACGUUUACUGAAGACCUGUGGGAGGCACUGGGCGAGGCCAGUAAGAAGCCAGUGGGUCAAGUGAUGUCCACUUGGACGCAACAGAUGGGAUUUCCGCAGAUUUCGGUCAGCAGCACGCCACUGGGCGAAGGCAAGGGCGCAAAACUAACUGUUGCACAGAGCAAAUUCACUGCGGAUGGUUCGCUUGCGUCAGGCGACUACAAGUGGAUGAUCCCCAUUUCCAUUUCUACCUCACGCAACCCCGGAAAGGAGGUGGUUUCCACUGUUUUAACUGAGAGAACUUCCGAAAUUUUGGUACCUGAUGUAAAAGAGACUGACUGGAUCAAAGUGAAUCCGGGCACCAUAGGAUUUUACCGUACAAAGUACUCAGCAGAGAUGCUCAUGCAAUUUGUGCCCGCCAUUACGAAUAAAACGCUGCCCCCUUUAGAUCGAUUGGGGCUGAUUGAUGAUCUUUUUGCCAUGGUGAAAGCGGGCCACACCAGCACAGUAGAAACCCUCAAGUUCUUGCAGGCGUUUGAGGAUGAGACCGAUUUCAACGUCUGGUUGUCGAUCAGCAAUAUUUUGGUUCGACUUUCACAACUGCUCGGGAACACGCCCUACCGAAAUGGAUACGAACAGUAUACGAAGAAGUUGCUAAGCAAAGUGUACGCACGUUUGGGGUGGAACAGUCGUUCCGGAGAGACGCACUUGGACACGCUGCUGCGCAGCCUGAUUCUAGGUAGAAUGGCGCUGCUGGACGACGACCUUACAAUUAAAGAGGCGAGAAGCAGGGUGGAGAGUCAUGUUAAGGGCGAUACGGUGUUAGUUGCGGACUUACGAAGCGCCUGUUACAGAACAGUGCUGAGGGCAGGUGGUCAGCAGGAGUUCGACACUCUACUCAAACUGUAUCGAGCAACCGAUUUGCACGAGGAAAAGGAUCGAAUCAGCCGGUCUUUGGGAUCGGCUAACGAUGUGAAACUGUUAAAGCAGGUGCUGGAAUUUGCCAUGUCGGAUGAAGUCCGAACUCAAGACAAAGUGUUUGUAAUUGUGUCGGCAUCGGUGAACUGCAAAGGGCGCGACCUCGCCUGGGACUUCUUCAAAGACAACUGGCCGAAGAUUAACAAGAUCUUUAAAGGGUACUUGCUUACCAGACUGGUGAAGCAUUUGACCGAAAAUUUCACUAGCGAAGAGCGGGCUUUGGAGGUGGAGGCUUUCUUCCAGGAGCAUUCGGCACCUGGCACUGAGAGGACCGUUCAGCAGGCGAUUGAGACCAUCAGGCUGAAUGCAAAGUGGCUGCAACGAGACAGCGCUGCCCUGGCCGCGUACUUAACUUAAUCGCAACGCGUUUUGUGAUGUUUGCUAGGAUAGUUUUAACUUAGCGUUGUGUUUCCGUGAGUGCAUGAAGAACUGAUUUAGUGUACUUAAUUUUGUUGAGUUUGUUUCAUAUUUUUUGACAUGGUUGGAUAUUUUUCUGUCUGGUCGUGAUCGCGCAUUUUAUUGAAUCCACCUAUUUUGAAUUGUCCGACUCAGUUAUUAAAUGUGCAACAGAUGAGUGCAUUUUGGCUCGUGCAUCUACGCCAACUGGAAUGUUUUUUAGCAUUGUUACCUGCUGAAUAAACGUUUUUGUACUUG